CCCUUCAAGCCAAAGGUCCACCAGUACCUUGCCCCACAUCUAGCAUGGGCAUGCGCAGUCUUCUGGGAUGCCUCCUUCUCAUUACUUUGAUUGGCACGUCAAAUGCUGGGUUUGUCAAAAAAAUCCUGCGCCACAGAAGACAGACUCUCUCCCCCCCUACAGAACACAAUGUCACUGUUCCCAGUGCAGGGCACCCUGUGAUUUUCAGCCACGUUUAUAACAUCAAUGUUCCUGCAAGUUCCUUGUGCUCGGUGGACCUGGAGGCACCAGAGGGCACACACCUCCAUUCCAAAGACAUAGCGGCCAUGCCUCCAGGCCAACAUGUCACCGAACAUACUCUCAAUGGAGAAAACCAGAUCGUGUUCACCCAUCGUAUCAACAUACCUCGGCAGGCCUGCGGUUGCACCGAUGACUUCCCAGGCCUGAAGGACCUUAUGAGCCGGCUGGAGAUGCUUGAAGGAGAACUUUCAGCUUUGAGGGAUCAAUGCAGCAGUGAACAGCUUACAGGUGAGUUAGGAACAAAACCAUAUUGCAAUGGCCAUGGAAAAUACAGCCCUGAAACCUGUGGCUGCAUAUGCGAUCCUGGCUGGAGGGGACCCAAUUGCACUGAGGGCGAGUGUCCCGCAGGCUGCCAGGACCACGGCCGCUGUGUGGACGGAAAAUGUGAGUGCGACAAAGGCUUCACUGGAGAAGACUGUGCCCUCAAGACCUGCCCUACGGACUGCGGAGUCCAUGGCCAGUGUGUGGGAGGCGACUGUGUCUGUUCGGACGGUUUCUUUGGUGAAGACUGCUCUCAAAGCCGGUGCCUAAACAACUGCCUGGGCCGUGGCCACUGUUAUGAUGGAGACUGUGUGUGUGAAGAACCUUGGACUGGCUCUGACAGCUCAGAACUCAUCUGUCCCAACGACUGCUACGACCGCGGACGCUGUGUGAAUGGUACCUGCUACUGUGACGAAGGCUUUAGCGGGAGUGAUUGCGGAGAACAAUCUUGCCCCAAUAACUGCCACGGCAACGGCUUCUGCAUUGAUGGCAAAUGUAGUUGCACUGCUGGGUACAGUGGCAGAGACUGCUCUCAGCUCACCUGCCUGAAGGACUGUACGGCAGAGGAACGUGCUUCAAUGGGAUGUUGCAUCUGCGACUCGGGGUAUCAGGGUGAGGACUGCAGCCAGCUUGCUUGUCCGAAUACCUGCAACAACAGAGGCCAAUGCAUCAACGGGAGGUGCUCUUGUGACGUCGGCUUCCACGGAGACGACUGCUCCGAGCUUUCUUGCCCAAACCAACUGUCUGCUGAAGGGGCGCUGUGUUAAGGGCAGUGUGUCUGCGACGGCUUCGCUGGUGAAGACUGCAGCAUACGCACCUGCCCGUCAAACUGCUAUGGCCGUGGAGAGUGCAUUGAAGGACGCUGUGUGUGCCACAUAGGCUUCGGGGGCGAGGACUGCGGUCGGCUGGAGCUUGCCCGCACGACUGCAAGAAACCAAGGCCGGUGCGUUGACGGGCAGUGUGUUUGUGACGAAGGGUUCAGCGGGGAAGACUGCAGCCAGAAAGCUUGUCCCAAUGAUUGUCUGGCACGGGGCCACUGUCUCGACGGAAAGUGCUUCUGUAAGGAGGGCUACAAGGGAGACGACUGCUCUGUGCUCGCGUGUCCAGAAAACUGCAACCACAGGGGCCGCUGCGUCAACGGGAGGUGCACGUGUGAGAGCGGAUACGAAGGGGAGAGCUGUGCAGAUCUGAGCUGCGUCAACAACUGUCAGGACAAAGGCCGCUGUGUGAAUGGUCAGUGUUUCUGUGAUGAGGGGUACAUUGGAGAGGACUGCUCUGAAGUGUCUCCUCCGAAGGACCUGGCCGUCGGCGAGGUCAGCACAGACACUGUGGACUUGUCCUGGAACAAUGAAAUGCUGGUCACUGAGUACCUCGUCACGUACGUCCCCACCAGUCCAGGCGGUCUCCUCAUGGAGUUCACCGUUCCCGGAGAUAAAACUGCUGCCACCGUUAAAGAGCUGGAACCUGGCAUUGAGUACCUGAUCAGCGUCUACGCUGUGCUGAGCAACAAGAGGAGCAUUCCAGUCAGUGCUAGAGUGGCUACACAUCUCCCACAACCAGAAGGUUUGAAAUUCAAAUCAGUGAGAGAAACCUCUAUAGAGGUUGUGUGGGACCAGCUGGACAUUUCCUUUGACAGCUGGGAGAUUUAUUUCCGCAACACGAAAGAAGAAAACGGAAAGGUUGUUAAUACCCUUCCGCGGUCCCAAAACGAGUUUCUUCAGUCGGGGCUUGGACCGGGACAGGAGUAUGAGGUCUCUAUCAACGUCCUAAAGAACAACACUAGAGGGCCCCAGACAUCCAGAACAGUCACCACAAAGAUUGACGGCCCCAGGCAGGUGGAGGUGAAAGACGUUACGGACUCCUCGGCUCUGAUCAGCUGGAAUCUGCCAGUGGCUCCGGUGGACGGGGUCACCCUGAUUUACGUGCCCAGCUCCGACCCUUCAGAUGAAACCACAGAGGACAUUUCCCCAGCAGACAAACAAUACAACAUGGACGCUCUGAGACCAGACACGGAGUACACUGUGUCCAUCAUCUCAAAGCGCGGAGAGGCAACCAGUGACCCCAUCACCACCACGUUUGCUACAGCACUGGAUGCCCCCACAGACGCACAGGCUGUGUCCCAAACCGAUGACAGCAUCACUCUGGAGUGGACCAACAGUCAAGCUGAUGUCGGCAGCUAUCGGGUGAAAUACAGCCCCAUCUCUGGUUCCAGUCACGGCGAGAGAGUCUUCCCGCGAGGCUCUGGACGCACCACGCAGGCUACCAUCACUGGGCUGAAGCCGGGGACAGAGUACGGGCUGGGAGUGACAGCCGUGAAGAACGAGAGGGAGAGCCUCCCUGCUACCACAAACGCAGCAACUGACCUCGACCCCCCCAGAGAUUUCAGAGAGGUCGGGUCCACGGAGACGUCUCUCACCGUCAGCUGGCAGAAACCUCAGGCUAAGGUCAGCGGCUACAGACUGGCGUACAUGUCCAGCGAUGGCCGGGCUGAAGAGGUGAAGAUCCCGGCUCCUGCAUCCACAUACGUCCUGUCCGACCUGACUCCCGGUAUGAGCUACGCCAUGACUUUGGCCGCGGAGAGGGGGCAGAGAAGGAGCAGACCCAUCUCCCUCUCAGCAUCUACAGCCACUUUCACUUUUUAUUUAGCGGCCUCGGACGACCGUAAACAAAGGACUUCAACAGGCUCGGAGGACAAUGUCAGUAGCUCUGUAAUUUUAGAGCUGCCUGAAUCGCAGAUUUUUGAGACAGAGCCCGAGGACGAGCAUGGAAAGCCGACUGUCUCGGGCAUUGCGUCUGAUGGAUUUGACCCCUCUGGGAAGCUGAAAACUCACAGUGCUUCUGACGAGGUCGCUGUGCGAUAUGAGGACACUCAGAGAAUGUGGGAUGGGAGAGAGGUCCAACUCUCCGGAGAUUCAAAUGGGGCUAGAAUCAGUGGCCUGAUGCCAUCCGCAGAAUAUGAAACUGAGUUGUUUGGAACAAAGGGUAGCCAGGUAUCUUCACCAGAUGAAGCUGUUGCAGUAACAGCUCCUCCAGAUGUACUUGCACUGAGCAUCAAAGAAGCCCCGACAACCCCACAGUCUGCUGAGGACGAGGAGAACCUUGAACGUGUCUACAGUGUUGACAGUGACGCAAAUUCUGACAAUGAAGCGAUGAUCUCUGGGGUCGGGCCUGAAAGCUCAGGCGUGGAGCUUCUAAGCAACCUCUCGGCCAAUGCCACUGCCACGAGCGUGCGCCUGAUGUGGUCGGCGCCCGAUGAAGCGUUCGACAGCUUUUCGGUGGAGCUUGUUGCUCUUUCGGCUGAGGCAGCGCAGCCUCACGUAACCACGUUGCCUGGAAGUUUUAGGAAGGCCAAAAUAGAGGGUUUGUUGCCCUCUACGCUCUAUGAAAUAACGCUGCAAGGGCUGAUGGAGGGGAAGCGAUCGUUUCCUCUCAGAGUUGUGACCACAACAGCGGGGCUGGAGCCAACGCUAGGGACCCUCGUCCUUUCUGACAUUACAUGGGACAGUUUCACAGCAUCCUGGAGCCCCUCAGGGGGGGACUUUGACAGCUUUGUCAUUGAGGUAACAAACAUGGAGGAUUUUGCAGAGAGACAGAACCUCACUCUGUCUGGAGACGCCUCGAGCCUGGUCAUCUCUGGACUGAAUCCCAAUACCAACUACAUGGUUGGCUUGUAUGGGAUGCAUCAGGGUUCCUUCCUAGAACCCCAGUACAGUGAAGCCACAACAGUUAUUCAGCCAGUGGUUGGCAAACUGUAUGUCUCAAACUUAACAUCCGAAAGCUUUACGAUCCACUGGAACAGCACUGAAAGGCAGUUUGAUGGUUUUGUCCUGGAGAUAAUUGACUCAGACUGGCUCACGGAGCAAAAGGAGUAUAACAUAUCUAAUAACAUAUCGUCCCAGGAUGUCACAGGGCUCAGGCCCAGCACUGAUUACAUAGCCUACCUCUAUGGGAACUACAAGGGAUCUCGCACAGGAGCUGUCAGUAUUGUUGCAUCAACAGCUGAGGAGCCCGAUUUGUCCAAGCUUGUUGUUUCUAACAUUACCUCAGACAGAUUCUCUCUGUCAUGGCGAACAAGAGAGAAGGAAUUUGAUAAGUUUAUAGUCGAAGUCAGAGAGUCGGCUUUGCCCUCGCAGGCGAUGGGGCGCGCUCUACCAGGAGACGUUCGCUCCACGGUAAUGGCCGGGCUCAAAGCAAACACGAGCUACGACAUAAAGCUUUAUGCCAGUGAAGGUGGCAGACACAAUACACAGCCUCUCCUGGCUGUAGCUACAACAGAGGAGGUCCCGCAGUUGGGGACGAUAGUUGCUUCUUCCGCUAGCCCCCAUCACAUCAGCUUGUUUUGGAACACAUUGUCAGGCCACUUUGACAGCUUCGUUAUCCAAGUCAGUGACUCGGAGCAGCAGUCUGAUACGCUGGAGUUCAGGCUACCUGGUGAAGCCCGUAACAUUACAGUCCCUAACCUGAUGGAUGAUACGGGCUAUAACGUUGAGGUGUACGGUAUUUCUCAUGGACGUCGCACUCCCUCUGUAUUCGUCCAUGCUCUCACAGCUCCUUUACCUAAAGUGGAAAACUUGACCAUAUCCAACGUAACCCCCUACGGUUUCAGAGUGUCCUGGGAAGUGAGGCAGGAGCCGCAGCCGCUGGAGGAUUUAUCCCCCUCUGGUGGCAGUUUUAGCCACUUUCGCAUAGUGGUGACAGACUCAGGCUGGCUGUUGGAGCCUCAGGAGUUCACCGUGCCAGGAGACCAGAGUCACCUGGACAUCUGGGGCCUCAUCACCGGCAUUGGCUAUGAGGUCAAGCUAACCGGGGUGUCUGAGUCUGGCCUUCUCUCUCGGCCCCUGACUACAGUGGCUGUGACAGAGGCAGAGCCAGAGGUGGAGCAUCUCUUCAUCUCGGACAUCACAGCCGACGGUUUCCGCCUGUCGUGGACAGCCAACGAGGACCAGUUUGACAGAUUUGUUAUCAAAAUAAGAGACAGUAAAAGAUUAGCUCAUCCAAAGGAGUACAAAGUGCAUGGCAGUGAGAGGACAAAGGUCAUAACUGGGCUCAUGAGUGGCACUGAGUAUGAAAUUGAGCUUUAUGGCCUCACAGUGGACCAGCGUUCCCAACCUAUAACAGGGGUUGCUCAGACAGGUCUGAGUGCUCCGAGAGGACUGCAUUUCACCGAGGUGACCGACUCCACAGCUGUAGUUCACUGGUCCGUUCCACGCUCUCCAGUGGAUAACUAUAGAAUCACCUAUGUGCCCUUUGAAGGAGGAAGCCCAUUGAUUGUGACGGCAGAUGGGAGCGUGUCUGAGAUGCUGCUGGUCAAUAUGUUUCCUGGAAAGACCUACCAAGUAACCGUGAGUUCCCUGAAGGGUCUGGGGGAAAGCGAGCCCAGCACAGGCACUGUAACCACAGCUUUGGACAGUCCCCGGGGUCUGACUGCAGUCAAUGUCACAGACACAUCAGCUCUGCUGAAGUGGCAGCCGUCCGUAGCCACUGUUGAUGGCUACGUCAUCACCUACAGUGCUGAUACAGUGUCCCCAGUGGUGGAGCAUGUUUCUGGGCACGUAGCAGAAUUCCAGAUGAACACCUUGGUUCCAGGAACUCUCUACACCGUUGGGGUUUAUGGUAUGAAAGACGCUCAGAGGAGUGAGUCCACUGUUACUGAAUUUACCACAGAUGUGGACCCUCCUCGCGACCUGACGGCUGUCGACGUUCAAACUGAAAGCGCCACUCUGACAUGGAAACCCCCCACUGCUGCAGUCACUGGCUAUAUGCUCACCUUCCCGUCUCCAGAGGGAAAAUUACUUCAGCCGGUGAUGCUAAGCCCCACAGCGUCCUCCUACAGCAUGUAUCAGCUAACUGGCUCCACAGAGUACGUCGUUCGCCUCCAGGCCAUCUAUGGAGCUCAGAGGAGCCACUACGUCACCACCACCUUCACCACCAGUAAGGUUGGACAGUUGCACGCUCGCCCUCGAGACUGUGCUCAGAUUCUGUUGAACGGGCAGACCACCUCUGGCCUGUACAAAAUCUACAUAGGAGGGGAGGAGAGCCAGGCUCUCCAGGUUUACUGCGACAUGACCACGGAUGGCGGAGGAUGGAUGGUUUUCCUCAGGCGCCAGAACGGAAAGCUGGAAUUCUUCAGGAACUGGAAGAACUACACAGCUGGCUUCGGGAACAUGAAUGAUGAGUUCUGGCUGGGUCUCUCACCCCUCCAUAAAAUCACGUCUCUGGGACAUUACGAGCUGAGGGUGGACUUGAGAGAUAACGGAGAAUCAGCCCACGCGCUGUAUGACAAGUUCACAAUUGCAGAGCCGAGAGCACGAUACAAAAUCUACUUGGGAGCCUACAGUGGAACAGCAGGCGACUCCAUGUCCUACCAUCAGGGCCGUCCCUUCUCUACUUAUGACAAUGAUAAUGACAUUGCUGUGACCAACUGCGCCUUGUCCUACAAAGGUGCCUUCUGGUAUAAAAACUGCCACCGUGUAAACCUCAUGGGGAAAUAUGGUGACAGCAGUCACAGUAAGGGAAUAAACUGGUUCCAUUGGAAGGGACACGAACACUCGAUCGAAUUUGCAGAGAUGAAGAUUAGGCCUGCCAACUUCAGAAACGUCGAGAGCCGAAAGAAGCGUUCAUAAACUUCUCAAACCAUCGCUCCCUACCCUUCUGCUCCUGCACCUUAUUGUCUCUGAUGAGCGCCCCCUGGCUUUAGAAUCGCUCUCCACACACAAAUCAGCACAGAGUAAUUUACUGGAAUCCAGUAUUGGGUUUUGCAAGAUAACUUUGUAAAAUCACAUCAAAGACUCGGACGGCAGUAAGCCUUUUCUAAUUUUCCUAAUAUGGCUGUCAUGUGAUUCGCUCCCCAGCAGAGUAGUAGUUUGAGCUGUUGUGUUUUUAAGAGUCUUGUAAAUGAAGAAUAAUGGGCUUUGGGGAACAAGCAACUACGUGUGGAAAAUCCUCUUAAUCUGUGACAUUUUACAUCCACUGCUGUACCCCAAUGACAAUAUAUGUUGAAUAAAAUUUUCAAUAAAAUAAGCAUAAAAAAUUAUUUCAAUGACCAUAAAUUAAGUGUUUAUUGUAAAACCACUCAUCAACAUGCUUGCUGUUUAUAUUUGAAUUCUGUUUUGGUAUUCUGGUUGAAAAAAAGUAGCAUCUGGUGCUCUGUAUAAAAAAAUAAUAAUAAAAGUUCAGUUUAAUAAGUGAGCGUGAGCUUUUGUUAUUCCUGCACAAUCUUCCUCUGCUCCAGCAGAUGGCGGUGUUCCCUCUGUGUACACAAAAAACUCCUGAUGGUUUUUAGACACAGAAGAGGAUUUUUACACAUCAGCAUGUGCAAAGUAACCUUUCUAAUUCAGGUUAAUACGAUGGAUUUUUUUUUUAAAGCUCUGUAAUUAAUUUUUUAGUGUUUGGAUCUGUAGUAGGGAUGAGGCAAAUGUAUAAUUGAUUGGUCAGUGUGAAGUUUUGUUAAAAUUGCUUCCAGCUAUGAUGAUCCAGGUCACAUACAUUUAGAUGCUUUGGGAGGAAUGAUUAACCACUGAAGAGGACGUUGAAAUACAUACAUUUGCAUGAAAAAGUUUAUUUCUAUGUAGUAUUAAAAAUGCACAAACUCAA